CUGGUCCUCACCCCGUCACCCGUCUCUUCCGCCGCCGCCGCCGCCGCCGCCAUGCCGCACCUCGUUCGCGAGCGGCUCUACUUCGGCGACAUCAAAGACGCCAUCGCCGCCCUCACGGAGUCCUCCUCCACCCCGACCUUUACCCACGUCCUCUCGGUCGUCAGCUCCGCCUCCAUCUCCUUCAUCACCGACUGCCGCCCGGGCCUCGCAAUCCCGACGGAGGAGAUCCGCCGUGUCGUCGCCGGCGAGGAGGGCGCGCCACCUACAGCUGCGGUGCCCCCCGGGACGCUGAUGCGGGUGGUGGAGCACGCUGGGGACGGUCUGCGGAUCACGCGGAUGGCCGUGCCGCUGCGGGACACGGAGGCGGAGAACCUGCUCGACCACCUCGAGCUUUGCCUUCAUUUCGUCGAUGAGGGAAGGAAGGUCGGGAACGUCCUCGUUCAUUGCUUUGCCGGGGUAUCCAGGAGUGCUUCCAUCAUUGUUGCUUAUCUUAUGAGAUCAGAGCAGAAAUCUCUGGAAGAAGCAUUACAAUCUUUAAAGGAAGUUUCUGAGUCGGCAUGCCCGAAUGAUGGUUUUCUUGACCAGUUGAAAUUGUUUGAGGAAAUGGGCUUCAAAGUUGAUACUUCAAGUCCCUUGUACAAGAGAUUCCGCUUAAAAUUAUUAGGUCAAUCCUACAAAUUUGGGGAGAAAAUAGGCAGCUAUAUGUUUGAAGAUGACCCUGGCCUUUCUCCACAAUCUGGCUCUUGUCAAGAUUCUUCAAAGACAGAGCAACACAAAACAGCUUACCGCUGCAGGAAAUGCAGGAGAAUUAUUGCUGUGGAGGACAAUGUUAUAAGUCAUGUUCCUGGUGAGGGUGAAUCUUGCUUUGAUUGGAACAGUAGGAAGAGUGGUCGUCCAUACAGCAACAAGGAACAAGAUUGCUCGUCUUUAUUUGUUGAGCCUCUGAAAUGGAUGACUCCAGUAGAAGAUGGUGCUUUGGAGGGGAAGCUAUCGUGCAUCCACUGUGGAGCGAGGUUAGGAUACUUCAACUGGUCAGGAAUACAGUGCAACUGCUUCAGUUGGGUUACCCCUGCCUUCCAAAUUGUUAAGAGCAAAGUUGAUAUAAGCACCAUCUAAACCUUGGGAAUAGUCUGCAGUGAGCAAACCAUUGGAGAAGCUAAGAGAUUAGGAGUGUGACAGUGAAGCAAGAGCAUAUUGUAUGUUUUGCCAUUGCUGAUCAGGGGCUGUGUGCAGCAAAUAUCCUACAGAAUGACACAUUUGCUGGUGUAACAGAUUUGAUGUGAGGUCAGCCGUCCGUAGGGCUCGAAAUGGAUGGAAUACAAAUUGAGCAGGCACACUAGUAUUUAUAUUGUUUCAGGGAAUUGAAAUGCCUGAAUUACUCUUUUCCAAUUUUUUUUCCCAAGGCACACGGUAUAUUCCAAGAUUCAA